GCUAUCAUAUCCGGUUUGCUUCCCGGUGUUUUUUCUUCAUUGGUGUGUCUUGGUUUUGUAAAUCGGCGAUUUGUUGGGUGAAUUGUCCACAAAAUUGAUAGCUACCUAGCUAUAUUCUUGUAGUUGCAAUGGAUUUGGAGGGGGGAAAUUACGAGCCAGGAUUCGUAGGUAUUCGUUUCUGUCAAGAAUGCAACAACAUGUUGUAUCCCAAAGAGGACAAAGAGAAUCGCAUCCUGCUUUACGCUUGUAGGAAUUGUGACUAUCAGCAGGAAGCUGAUAACAGCUGCAUCUACGUGAACAAGAUCACACAUGAGGUUGAUGAGCUGACCCAGAUCAUUGCCGAUGUUUCCCAGGACCCCACACUGCCCCGUACGGAAGACCAUCCCUGUCCCAAGUGUGGCCACAAGGAGGCAGUGUUUUUCCAGUCUCACAGCAUGAAAGCAGAGGACGCCAUGCGCCUCUAUUACGUGUGCACCGCCCCUCACUGCGGCCACCGCUGGACAGAGUGAGGAAGACGAGGAUGACAAGGAGGAAGAGGAGCCGAAGGCCACUGAAGUCAGCAGCCAGCCCGCCAACGAAGCCAGCAGCCUCCGCAGCCUCCCCGCCCCUAGGGUUCAUGACCUCGGUUUAUCCCCCGUCCACAUCCGGAGUUGCUCGACACCUCAUCUCUCUGCACAGCAAGAGCCGCAUCAUGUUUAUGCGACGGGAGGCAUUCUCUGUGUUUUCAUCUCCAGUUAAAUUAGGACGUCUGGGAAGGCCUUUGAACCUGUAGACCUGACUGAGCAGGAGGUCUCUGCUAGAUGAUGCUUUGCAGAAGCUAUGCUGACCACAAGGGUGAGCAGCAUCACAAAAAAGACUGUUCACACCUGUUUAUGUUUGUACUUAGGGUGUUUUAUUAUGUAUAACAGACCAGUUAUUUUUUUUAGGAAAAAAAAGAAACAAUUAAAAAAUAAGAAAUAAAAAUUG